AUGGUUAUAUAUAAUUUUACUCUUAUUGCUUCUACCACUACUGUUUCUUCCCUCUUUCUACACAGAAAGAUGGUGCUAGAUCUUCUGGAAUGCUUUCCUCCCCUCCUAUUGCUGCUGGGACUUUGGGGACCAGUGUAUUCACUUUAUGCUUUGCCUAAGAAUCUCACCAAGGCUCAGUGGUUUGAAAUUCAGCAUAUACAACCAAGCCCUCUGCAAUGCAACAAGGCAAUGCAUGGUGUCAAUAAUUAUACUCAGCACUGUAAGCCUCAAAACACCUUUCUGCAUGACUCCUUCCAGAAUGUGGUUGCUGCCUGUGAGUUGCCCAAGAGUGUCUGCAAGAAAGGCCACCAGAGCCCAAAACCUAUUAACCUCACUAACUGCAAUCUCACUGCAGGGAAGUAUCCUAACUGCCACCACAAAGAUGCUGCCCUGUACAAGUUCUUCAUUAUUGCCUGUGACCUCACUCACAAGAGAGACCCUCCCUCUCAUUUGGUUCCUGUUCACUUAGAUAAGGUUGUUUAAAGUUUUUACCAUUUUGCCUCUCACUUAGUACAGGCUCCU